GUAUUUUGGUUUCGUAGGAAAGCGUGGCGAAAGCGUUGCUGGUCGACGAGUUUUUUCUUCUGCUUCUUCGCGGAGAGGAGAACCAAACCCUAACCCUAACCCUAGAUCUCUCUCUCUCUCUCUCUCCAAUGGCGUCGUUCGCGGAGGCUCCCCCCGGUAAUCCCAAAUCGGGCGAGAAGAUCUUCAAGACAAAGUGCGCCCAGUGCCACACCGUCGAGAAGGGCGCCGGCCACAAGCAAGGACCAAACUUGAAUGGACUGUUUGGUAGGCAAUCGGGGACAACCCCUGGUUAUUCCUACUCCACUGCGAACAAGAACAUGGCUGUGAUUUGGGAGGAGAAUACAUUGUAUGAUUACUUGCUUAACCCUAAGAAGUAUAUUCCUGGCACAAAGAUGGUAUUCCCCGGUCUGAAGAAACCACAGGAGCGUGCGGACCUCAUCGCCUAUCUGAAGGAAGCAACCGCCCCACAAUAAGCACCUUUCUUUGUUAUUCAACCUCCUCUACAGAUGCAAUUCUUUUUGUGGCUAAUAAGACCGUAAGGUCAUCCUGCUUUGUGCGAAGAAGCAGCGGAGCCUAUUGAACAAUCUUUAUUUUUAACAGUUUCUCUUUUUAAGUAAUAUUAGGCAUCACUUUGGAGUCAUUGCCUAAACUGAGCACAUUAUUCAUUCGAUGCAGAAUGUUUGCAUCGGCCUAUUCGGAAAUAGCCAUGCCCUGAUGACUUAGAUCGUAUCAUAUCAAACCGUUUUAUGACUUCGUUGAGUUUGUCGUGAGUUGUUGAAUCUGAGUUUCUCUUCCUUUCGUCC